GAAAAUUGCCCCUGCUCUAUCUACCCUUGCCGCCGCAAGCCAAAGACGAAUGCUCUCGUAGUCGUGACAACGACCCUUCACCACACCACCGCAAGGACCUGACGGUAGGCCUGCGUGCACUCAUCACUGCUCAUCCACCAACGGCUCCCACGCCGCCACCACCUGCACUCACAACCGCCCUGCGAAAAUUUGGUAACACUCGCGAAUGGUACGCCACGACCAGCGAGGAUCGGCCUAAGCCUUCACCUCGAUCGCCAACGCCUCGACCGCCGACACGGGACAUGAGAUUCUUCCAAUAAGAGCCAGUUCAAGCCACCCAUCCUGUCUUCUCACAUAUAUCGUCACCCGCUCUCGCGGGCUGUUUUGCGCAUAUCUCACAGAGCUGCGCCAUGGAGCUCCGGUAGCCUCGACUCCGGCCGGGGGGCCAUUAGCCUGAGAUGCUGUCGAAUGAUUACGACGAAGCCUUCCAAGUCAGAUCCAGAGAAGCCGUCUCAGCGCAAGAAACGCUUGCAUGUCGACACACAAUCGUCGUCGCCGGCGCUCUUCGCCCCAAACCUUUUCAGGACGCUGGGGAGCGAUUAUAGGGAGCAAAGGCCAGGCCUGCCGCUCUGGGGCACUCCUCCACCACCUCCAGAAUUGUUGGAAUCGUCGCAGGACGCCCAGAACGCUCCGAGCAAGGACGAUGGCAGCCCAGAGGGGGGUUCAGCGGAGCCGUCCGAUGUCGUGGACAAGGCAUCGAUUCCAGAGCAGGCGCCAGUCAGAGACGACACACGCCGAGGUCCAACAAGCAGAAGUGCUGCGGAGAUAGCGAGUGACGUGACAGUGCCUCCAGCCGGCACGCCACCGACAGCAACUGUUCCUGCCCGAACAGCAGACCAGUCCGCAGCACCACUUUCCGACCGAAUCCAUCUUGGUGGUUUCAACGUCCACGCACGGUACCUGCUGCAUGCCCUCGUCGGGCUCGAGGGACUGCCGCCCGUGCAAGUGCUGACACAACACCACCAGCCGUCUGUCGCGUGGGCGAAGGAGGGUCGCUCCAUCAGUGUGCAUGACCAUCAGGGGAACCUGAUCUCUGCCCGGCCAUUUCCAUGCCCCCAGUAUGUCGGUCCGCCGAAGUCGAAACUGCGAUCGCUCGGCUCCUACGGAGGCAAAGCGCCUACGAUAGACAAUCUCUUGGUAGCACUCGACGACUGCUCCGUGGAACCAUUCAUGCGCAAUUUGAAGAGGUCAAUCACGAAUAACACGACUGUAUGCCUCCUGGGGGAUGGUCUUGGCAUGAUGGAAGACCUGAAUGCUCGUGUCUUUACCGACCCGGCCAGUCGACCUCACUACAUCCUGGGUCUUUCCACUCAUGAAGUCUCAACACACUCUGGGACCAAGGUGUCGAUCCGCCAUCGAUGGCACAAGCGUGGCAGUGCAUUGUAUCUCAGUACCCCGGUCGAGUACACGUCGAGUGUGCCAUUUGACAGACUGGAUUUGUCGCCGCGAUCUCAGCACCUGCUCGACAUUCUGUCCAGCAGCCCUGAGCUCGGAGCUCGCCGGCUUCCAUGGAAUCGCUUCAUUCAGCGCAAGCUCCCUGGCAUGAUCCACUCAUCCCUCGUCGAUUCUAUCUCGGUAAUGCUGGGAUGCCGCUUCAACCAGAUUGCAGAAAGAAAGCAUGGCCGGUCUCUCUGGAACACCAUGCUCUCCGAGACGCUCCGCAUCAUCGCGGCGAUGCCCGAGGUCGAACCCGAGGUUGCCAGGUACUUCUCUAGCCAGAAGUUCCGGCACGAACUGUGGGCGAAACUCAACCGGCAAGGCAGCACAUAUAGCCGAUGGAUCAGUCUCAUCAGGGCAGGUCGGCGUCCUCCGGUGGACCACAUCAACGGUUACUUUGUCCGCCGGGCUCAGGAGCUUGGCGUCAACUGCAAGCACAACACCACCGCCCUGUCAGUUGUCCAGUUCAAGUAUUCUCUGCGACGGGACGAACUGUCCAGAGAUGUCGGCCUAGGGUUGAAACCCUACAUGGUCGAUGGCGAUAAGCUUGGCGGGCGAGAAAGUGGUGAUCGUGACGAUUUUGAGCUCGACUUGUAAUGGUCUUUUUCGUUACAAGAGGUUGCCGGCGUGGCUGAUUGUGGCCGUGGAAUCGGCUUGUACAUAUAUACAUAUAUAUUCCUUUGAGCAGCAUUGGCUUUGUUCAGCAUUUACGGGCGGGAACGCGUAGAGCGGCGUUUGACAAGGCGGUUGACGAUUUCUGGCUCCUGGCAUAAGGCCAAUUGGCGUUUGGCAUGUACUCUAUAACUAUACAUUUGCAUGAUCAGAAACAAAAAUUAGGAUAUGAGAAGAGAGCUGUAGAAUUGGAA